UCGACCCCGUUCGGACGCAUUUGUGAAUUGUGCUGCCCCAAAACCAAGUGAAAAAAGAAAACCUAGUUCUCCAACACCGCGAAAAAAAAACGGCGGGGAAAGUGCGUUUGCGCGCGUUCGGGGUUACGAGAACUGCCAGCGACAUUCGCGCGUGUGCGCGGUGGAUACGCGUGUGUCCGUCCGCGUGGCCAGUGAAGAAAAUUCGCCGCCCUUGCCACGCCUCCACCGUCGGAGGUCGUCCGUAGUGUUGAACGUUGAUUCCGGUUUAUUUUUGGCACAUCUGGAGAUGCGGUUCAAUCGAUUCUACUGCGUCGCCGCGAUAGGUGCCAGCCUGGCUCUGAUUGGCGCUAUUUUUGCGCUCUUCUGGGGUGACAUCUUGGAUGCCAUUAUCAUAAAGGAAAAACAACUCAAUCCUACAUCGAAAGCCUACAAGCUCUGGAAGCGUCCACCAUUUCAGUUGACAUGGGAAAUUACCUUUUUCAACUGGACCAAUGCGGAUGCUUUCCUGGAGAACAAAGCCAUCAAACCCGUCUUCGCGGAGGUGGGACCAUAUGUUUUCUCAGAAUCCUCCGAAAAGGUGGACGUUCGGUUCAACACGAAAAACUCCACCAUCAGCUUCCGGAGGCGAAGCUACUUCACGCCGGUAAAUGACCGAAGCAGCACCGCCCGGCCAGAUGACGAAAUCACCAGUAUCAACAUGGUUGCCCUGUCGGCCGCUAAUCGGGCUCGGUUCUGGGGCUACGCAGCCCAACGGGCAAUUUCGUUUGCUCUGUUCAGCUACCGGCAAGAUAUAUUCGUAACCCGGACGGCCCGUGAGCUUCUGUUCGAGGGCUACCCGGAACCGAUGAUUGACCGGGCGCAGGAGAUCCUGAGCUUCAUCGGAGAGGAUAUUCCGUUCGAAGGGCGGUUCAGCUGGUUCCAUACCAUCAACGCGUCUAAAAAUGCAUACGGACACUUCAAUAUGGACUCGGGAAAGGACGAUAGCAGUCAGUAUGGACUAAUACGGGUGUGGAAUUACAGAACCAAAGCGGAUUUCGCCGACGGAGACUGUGGGAAGUUUCGAGGCUUCACGGGAGACAUUUUUCCCACGAAGAUUCGCAAAGAUCGGCCGUUGGGAAUAUUUACGCCAGAAAUGUGUCGAAUGGUUUCCUUCGAGUUUGAACGCGAGGAGGACGUCUACGGUGUUACGGGUUACAGAUUUGUGGGAAGUGAACGAACCGUGGAUAAUGGGUCCCUAUAUUCCGAGAACCAAUGUAAUUUUGGAGGCGAAUUUAUGCCUUCCGGUAUGAUCAAUAUUACGGAGUGUCGGCUGGGGGCUCCCUUUUACAUGUCGUUCCCGCACUUCUAUCUAGCGGAUCCUUUCUAUCGGGAGCAGAUGGAAGGUCUCAGUCCGAACCGAGAUAAACAUCAGUUUUUCUUUACUAUUGAGCCCACUACCGGUGUGGUUCUGAAUGCGUCGAUUCGAUUCCAGGUUAAUGUUUUGUUACAGAAAUACUCGGAUAUUGCAUUGUAUCAGGAUGCUCCACGAUCAUACAUACCCGUAUUUUGGUUUACCCGUAGCUUCCAUAUGCCUAAAGAUGAAGUUCACAAACUGAAAGGAUUGCUGAAUGCUUCCCAUCUGGGAUACAGCGGAAGCUUUGCCGUAGUAUGUUUUGGACUGUUAACUGGUUUGCUGUCGUUGAUAUUGAACUGUAUCAUCAAGAGUCCACCGGACGCACGUGACAUGGAUGAACGGACGGCAAAGGCACAGAACGGUGACGCCCGAGGUGAUUAUCACGUGGUCAACAGUGAACAUCAAGAUAAAGAUCGAAUAAAGCUUUGAUGGUUCCGUGUUUA